CACUGCCUUUACUGCAACAUCUGUCAGCUCAGGAGGACUGGAGAGUUUGGUCCUGCUUCUGAACUUUGCGUCCGAUUUGUUUCAGAGUUUUACAGGCAGUGACAAUUUAAUACGCGCACAAUAGAUUAAGAGGAACCAAAGUUUAAAAAUAGACCAGCUUUUCGCAUGAACGCGUUUUCAGUUCUCCUUCUGGAGUUUAUUGUGUCUCGUGCGCAUUUACGCACCAAGUGCAAUAGUAAGUCUAGACUUCAGCCUGUUUCUGCCAGUGUCCCCCUGAGAUGGAGUGAUGAGAGAUCUCUUUCAUUCUUUCAAGACACAGCAGAAGUCCUUCAUCAUCAUUCCCAUCCUCAUCCUCACAACAUGAAGCAGAUCACCAAGCCCAUCAGGAUCCCAUCAGAGAAUCACUUUAUAACAGCAGGGAAAGCACGAUCAGCCAGUCGGCAGCCGCUCUCAUUGGACAAGCUGCCUGAGCAGUACCUGAUUGGACAGUGGCCACGAGAGCCGUACCAACCCCAGCCGUCCUGUAUGAGUGAUAAAGCCACACAGACGCCUGGAUUUUGGACUGAGGAUGGAGGAGAGGUUAACGUACACAAGCGCUCGGCAUCAUGGGGGAGCGCUGACCAUCUCAUAGAGAUCGCUAAACUCCGCCAGCAGCUCCAGCGCAGUUUGCAGGGAAGUUGCAAUAUCAAGGAGAACGAAGAAGUGACGCAGCUGAACCAGGUCCAGCCAAAGCGACUCACUGCAUCUUCAACUAAUAUGAUCCAUUCAAGACCCCUCAUAUGUAGAAUGCCCAGCUAUAGUGACUGUAUUAACCAGGAGCUGGAGAGUGUCUUCAUCUGUGAGGACUGGGGGAGGGAAGAGGAGAAGCCUCUGGAGGUGCGAGACGGUGGCCGUGCUCCUGUUCCUCCUCUUCAUCACGGUGAUCUUCAUCACACUCACAGCACUGAGACACAGAUGUCCUGCAGUCCCUGUUUCUGCUGCUCUCCUCCUGCAGACACUGACAAAGAUUACAGGAAUGGUUCACCUCUGCCUCAGUUUUCCAGCUCUCCCAAACCCAACAACAGUUAUACGUUUAAACGUGAGCCUCCCGAGGGCUGUGAGAAGGUCAAAGUGUUUGAAGAUCUCAUCACUUGUAGGACACAAGGCUUUCCCAUCUUUUCCUGCCCCGACAGAAACAAGGUGAACUUCACUCCAAGUGGCUCUGCCUUCUGUCCUGUAAAGCUGCUGUGUUCGUCUCUAUUCCCAUCAGAUGCUGCUGCUCGUCCCAGUCCGCUGGAUAAUCACACUUCAGAUCAGAUGUCUGGUCCACAAAACAGCUUCCCGCUGCGGCCCGUGGCCUCUGAACGCUGCAGUAUUAGGAAGUGCCUGCUGCUCAGUUAGCCAAUCAGAGCUCAGAUCUGACUCCGCUUUCUAGGAAAUUUCGUACUUGCUAAUGGUUGCACAAAAGGACCAUUUUGUUGUACAUUGAACUUUAUCUUGCAGUUUCAUGUAAUUCUGCUGGAAUGCACAAAUCUUUACUUAAUCUUACAGCACAUCCUACUAACCAGGUAAAACACAUAUGACAGUAUC